ACGCUUCGCGCGAUGACGGCCGACACCGCGUCCGCGAAGGCGCCCGAGACGACGACGACGACGACGACGACGAAGUGUGAUGAGGAACAAGGCUCGCCCGAGAGCGUGCUGAAGACCGUCGAUGGUGUCGUAAAGCCGAAACGCAUAGAGCGAUUGCCACGUCCAGACCGCGAGGCGCACGACGCCGAGAUCGCGGCACUCGUGGCGAUUACGGACGAGAAACAGGCUCGCAUCGUGGAGAUUAAGGCGUUGGUGAACGCGGCGCGUGAAAGACGCACGACGAGCUCGACCACGAACGCGCCGUUGCUGGAAAAGGUCAAGGCGCUGAACGCGAUUGCUAACGAAAAGAUCGCGCAGCGGGACGAGGUUCGCGCCGAGCUCGCGGCGAACGACGAGCGACGCGAUCGGGUUCGCGAGGAGGCGAACGCCAUGCGGGCGCAAUCGAAAUUCCUCACCAAUGAAUCGAUUGAUCAAGAGAUCGCGAGAAUCGAUGGGAAGCUGGCGCACGAAACCAUGCCACUGGCGCAAGAGAAGAAGUUGGUCGACCAAAUCAAGAGCUUGAACAAGAGUAGAGACCUCGUGCGCGAGUACGCGGAGAAGCAAGCCCUGAUCACCGCGCACGACGCGAGGAGAAAAGCGUGCAUGGAUCGCAUCAAAGCGAAGGACGCGGAAAUCAAUAGCAUCAAAGCUGAACAAGCUAAAAUUCGCGCGCAAUUGAACGAGGUGAAGAGCAAAGACGACACCGCCAACGCCGACGUGCCCAAGCUCAUCGAAGAGAAGAACGCGGCGUACGAGGUGAUCAAAGCGAAGAGAGAGGAAAUCAACCGGCUUCGAGCGAAUCAAAAGAAGAUUGAGGACAAUUAUUGGGCUCGUGAGAAGCUGUUCCGCGCGCAGCAAAAGGAAAUCAAGCAGGCGCAGUGGGAGGCUUCGCAAGAGGAGCGCAAGGCGCGCGACGAGGAGCGCAAGCAGUGGGAAAAGGAGAACGCUCCAGAACCAUUCGAGGACGAAGUGUCGGCAUGUGAUGCUUUGCUGGCUUAUUUGGCAAAGUGGGAUACCAAGAAAGUCGAUGUAUCCGCCGUCAAAACCACUCAGUUGAGUCGACGCAACGAAGACGACGAAGAUGACAUGUUCGCCGUCAGCACCGCAUACAAGAAGAAGAGUAAGAAGAGCAACGGGAAGAGUGCGCCGAGCGGUAACGAACGUAUUCAGCACUCUCUCGAUACUCUCACCUUCUUCUCAAAAGUAAAAAUCGCCGUCGUCGCCAAGGUGUCCGACGUGCCCGCCUCGUUGGACGUCAUCAAGGCGAAGAAGGAAGAGUUUUUGGAACGGCGCAAGAUCAAGAAGGAGAGAAUCGCCGCCGGCUUGGAGGAUGAAGAUGAGAAAGAAAAGGAGGAAAAAGCGGAGAAGGGCAAAGAGAAGAGUCAAAAAGCUGAUGGUAAGAAGAGCGGCGGCAAGGGCAAGAAGAAGGGCGGUAAGAAGGCCACGCGAGGCCUUUCGGUUUCUCUCGUCGCGAACGAAAACGAACAAAGCGUCGAAGUUUGCGUCACCUUCAACGACGAGGGGAAAUAGACACACACCAUAUAUCG